AUAUUUAAAAUUUUAAAUUAGAUAAAAUGUUUCAAGAAUAAAGAAUCGAAGAUGAUCAUAUCUACAGUUCCUCUCAUCUUCACCGCCAUAAUAACAACAUGGGUGGAGGGGUUGCUGAGUAUAGGGUUUAAUAUCACUUAUCUUCUCUGCAACUCCUGUCUGAUAAAAGUAUCGGAUUCUGAUGAGAAAAGUUCCACUGUGAAUAAAGUAGCGCGACUCUUCUACUCUACUUAUGUCACUUCAGGUGAAUGUAAGUUUAGUGACGGAACUCCAGCAGUUGUGGAAAACACGAAUGAUCUAACUAAGCCUGGAACCAUAUUUAUUUUUCAGAUUUUGUUUCUUAUUUUUCACACAGUAUGGGUUCUCUCUACAUCAGGUUUACGGAAAGUAACAAAGACUCAUCGUCAUUUUGCCUACCCAUGGAUAGGACUAACACUGACAAUAAUCAUCAUGGAUCUUGUAUCCACCGGGUUUAUUUUCUCCGAUACCGGUAAAUGGACCGAGAGUGCUGAAACGGAAACUAUGGAGAACGGAGUUUAUGCGUUCGUUGCAAUGCUUCUCUAUACUUCCAGAGGGUUCAUCGUUCUUUUCUAUAACAUGGUUCUACUCAUACUCAUCCUUAACUCUAUAUUUACUCAGGAAUCCAGUGAGAGUAUUGAUAGUCCUGACAAUGAUUUCUGGACAAAUAAAGGGUUUGAGGAUAUCCAGAGAGAGAUGUCUAUGAAAUCUAAAACUGAACCAAACUCAACUGGGAACCUGAAUAAAAGAGCAACUGAACCAGUCUUAGAGCACAGGAUCCAGCCAAUAGGAUCAGAUCUAUUCACUGUAGAAAACUAUACACCGGAGAAGGAUGAGCCUGAGGAUGGAUUAGAGUUUGAUGAAAGAUCAUCCCGUCCUGAUGUAUUCUUCAGGAAUCCUACCUAUGCUGAUCCUAACCCGGAGCAUGAACAAUACUACCAUGAACCAGAGGAUGUUAGACCUAUUUAUCAGAAACCUCACAGUUUCAAGGAGAAGAUACGAGAAGCAAGGGAGAGAGAGGAAAAUGUUGCACCCGGAGGAAUGUUUAGAUAUUCUAUAGGAGACAGGCCCCAGAGUCAGACUCGGAGUCAGGCUGUACCAUCGCCUCAGGAUAUUGAGACAACCUUUGAUUUUCUUAGUAAGUAUGACGAUCAAAAGAUGGGAAAUCAAGACUAUCCCAACUCUGCCUACUCUUCGGAGUACCCAGAUACUAGGCAACCCUACUCCUCUAACCGCCCGGAUACUAGACCCAGAUCAACCUACUCGGAGCAUUCUAACCCUAGCAAUCAUCCUGAGGAGAGAAGGCCUGUCAGAACGGGUCAAGGUUGGGGUAAAAUUAACUCUGCUCCGAGAGGAGAAAAGUAUAACUCCACUCCGAGAUCGGAUAAGUUUAAUCCUACUCCAAGAUCCAAUAGGUUUGAUCAUCCUGGAAGACCGGAUAGGUUUGAUCAUCCUGGAAGACCGGAUAGGUUUGAUCAUCCUAAGGAUAGGUUUGAGGAGAGGGAGAGAUCGGAUAGGUUUGAUCAUCCUGGAAGACCGGAUAGGUCUGAUCAUCCUAAGGAUAGGUUUGAGGAGCAGGAGAGAUCGGAUAAGACCUUCGUUAUUCCGAGAGCUAAAGUAUCAGCCAACCUCUCCCGGUCCUCAUCUUUACUCCGAGCAGGAGAAAACAAACCCCAGCUGAGAGAUUAUGAAACCCGGUACUAUGUUCCUCUGAAGCACUGAGAGAAUAAAAAAAUGUCAAAAUAGUUUUAUAUUUUUGUGUUUAACCUUGAUUAGAACAAUAAAUAAUUUAAUCCUU